GAUUGCGACUGCGACGGCAACGUCGCCAACAGGCAGACAGAAUUGCUUCCAUACGAAGUAGAAGCAACAACGCCGGCAGUUUACUUCCAAUCGCCGGUUGUAGAGGUUCGUUGUUGUCAAAGCUACCAAUACGUCACUAUUCUUGUCUGCCAUUUGCAAAAAUAGAGCUGUCACCCUUUGGUUAACAACAACAACAAACAACAACUGCAACAGCAACUACAACUUCUUGAAUUCAGCAUCAACGCGUAUUGUUGUCAGAAUGUCGUACCACAAGCCCGAAGCUAAAACCGUGCAGGAUUUGAAGGAUGUGGCUCACAAGCUGCGUAUUCAUUCCAUUAACAGCACGCAGGCCUCCAAAUCUGGUCAUCCGACAUCGUGCAGUUCGCUGGCCGAGAUCAUGUCCGUGCUGUUCUUCCAGCAGAUGCGCCUGAACCUGAAGCAUCCGCGCGAUCCGUCUAGCGAUCGCCUCAUCCUCUCCAAGGGGCAUGCGGCGCCCAUUCUGUAUGCCGCCUGGGCAGAGGCGGGCCUCUUUCCCGUAUCGGAGUUGAACAAUCUGCGCAAGAUCGACAGCGAUCUGGAGGGACAUCCGACGCCUCGUCUCAAUUUCAUUGAUGUGGGCACUGGUUCGUUGGGUCAGGGUGUCGCCGUCGGUGCUGGCAUGGCGUAUGUGGGCAAGAAUCUGGACAAUGCCUCGUAUCGCACCUAUGUGAUUGUCGGCGAUGGCGAAUCCGCCGAGGGUUCCGUCUGGGAAUCCCUGCACUUUGCCGCCCACUACAAGCUGGACAAUCUGUGCGUGAUCUUCGAUGUGAAUCGGCUGGGCCAAUCGGAGCCCACCUCCUUGCAGCAUCAGAUGGACGUGUAUCGGGAUCGCCUGGAGGCAUUCGGUUUCAAUGCCCUCGUCGUCGAUGGCCAUGACAUCGAUGAGCUGUGCAAGGCUCUCCACUGCGCCGAGAGCACCAAGAACAAACCCACUGCCAUCAUAGCGAAGACCUACAAGGGCAAGGACUUUCCCGAGAUUGAGGAUCUGGAUAAUUGGCAUGGCAAGCCGCUGGGCGAUAAGGCGGCCGGUGUCAUCAAGCAUCUGCAGGGUCUCAUUGUCAACCAGAACGUGAAGAUGUCACCCAAAAAGACGUGCAAAACAGGCCAAGCGCCCGAAGUCGAUAUCAAUAAUAUCAAGCUGUGUACACCGCCCAGCUACAAACUGGGUGAUUCGAUUGCAACGCGUCUGGCAUACGGCACAGCUCUGGCCAAGAUUGGGGCUGACAAUGAUCGGGUGAUUGCCCUCGACGGUGAUACGAAGAACUCAACGUAUUCGGACAAGUUGCGCAAUGCGUAUCCGGAGCGUUACAUCGAAUGCUUCAUUGCGGAGCAGAAUCUGGUGGGUGUGGCAAUUGGGGCCGCCUGUCGUCGACGCACCGUCGCCUUCGUCUCCACCUUUGCCACGUUCUUUACGCGCGCCUAUGAUCAGAUUCGGAUGGGUGCCAUUUCGCAGACGAAUGUGAAUUUCGUUGGUUCGCAUUGCGGUUGCAGCAUCGGCGAAGAUGGUCCCUCCCAGAUGGGCCUCGAGGAUAUCGCCCUGUUCCGUACCAUACCAGGCAGCACCGUCUUCUAUCCCUCGGACGCUGUGAGCACGGAGCGGGCUGUUGAGCUCGCCGCGAACACAAAGGGCGUCUGCUUCAUACGCACCUCGCGUCCCAAUACGGCUGUCAUCUACAACAAUGAUGAGAUCUUCACCAUUGGCCGGGGCAAGGUGGUGCGCCAGAAGCCAUCCGAUGAGGUACUACUCAUUGGUGGCGGCAUCACUCUGUACGAGUGCCUCGCCGCUGCCGAGCAGCUGGAGAAGGAGUGCAUCACGGCACGUGUCAUAGAUCCUUUCACCGUGAAGCCACUCGAUGUGGAUCUGAUACUGGAGCAUGGCAAGCUGUGUGGCGGUCGCAUCGUUGUUGUCGAGGAUCAUUACCAGCAAGGCGGUCUGGGUGAGGCUGUGCUGAGCGCUCUAGCCGCGCAUCGCAACUUCGUGGUCAAGCAUCUGUUUGUGCCCACUGUGCCGCGCUCGGGUCCGCCAGCGGUGCUGAUUGACAUGUUUGGCAUCUCGGCUCGCAACAUUGUCGAAGCUGCUAAUAGCAUCAUGAAGAAGUGAGCUGCGUCUCUCCAUAUAUAUAUAUAUAUAUAUACACACACACAUAAUGUGCACUCUAAGAUUGAUAUCCAUAAUUCCCAUGUUCAAAUACGAAUUUUUACUAAAUUCACAAUAAAUUCUUUCUCAAUACAA